ACCAAGAGGCCUCAAGUGGUCACCAAAUAUGGAACCCUGCAAGGAAAACAGAUGCAUGUGGGGAAGACACCCAUCCAAGUCUUUUUAGUAGUCCCCUUCUCCAGACCUCCUGUAGGUAUCCUCAGGUUUGCACCUCCAGAACCCCGGGAGCCCUGGAAAGGAAUCAGAGAUGCUACCACCUACCCGCCUGGAUGGAGUCGCGCUCUGUCGCCAGGCUGGAGUGCAGUGGCACGAUCUCGGCUCACUGCAACCUCCGCCUCCCGGGUUCAAGCGAGUCUCCUGCCUCAGCCUCUGAGUACCUGGGGCUACAGGUGCCUGCAGGAGUCCUGGGGCCAGCUGGCCUCGAUGUACGUCAGCACGCGGGAACAGUACAAGUGGCUGCGCUUCAGCGAGGACGGUCUGUACCUGAACGUGUACGCGCCAGCGCGCGCGCCCGGGGAUCCCCAGCUGCCAGUGAUGGUCUGGUUCCCGGGAGGCGCCUUCAUCGUGGGCGCUGCUUCUUCGUACGAGGGCUCUGACUUGGCCGCCCGCGAGAAAGUGGUGCUGGUGUUUCUGCAGCACAGGCUCGGCAUCUUCGGCUUCCUGAGCACGGACGACAGCCACGCGCGCGGGAACUGGGGGCUGCUGGACCAGAUGGCGGCUCUGCGCUGGGUGCAGGAGAACAUCGCAGCCUUCGGGGGAGACCCAGGAAAUGUGACCCUGUUCGGCCAGUCGGCGGGGGCCAUGAGCAUCUCAGGACUGAUGAUGUCACCCCUAGUCUCAGGUCUCUUCCAUUGGGCCAUUUCCCAGAGUGGCACCGCGUUAUUCAGACUUUUCAUCACUCGUAACCCACUGAAAGUGGCCAAGAAGGUUGCCCACCUGGCUGGAUGCAACCACAACAGCACACAGAUCCUGGUAAACUGCCUGAGGGCACUAUCAGGGGCCAAGGUGAUGCAUGUGUCCAACAAGAUGAGAUUCCUCCAACUGAACUUCCAGAGAGACCCUGAAGAGAUUAUCUGGUCCAUGAGCCCUGUGGUGGAUGGUGUGGUGAUCCCAGAUGACCCUUUGGUGCUCCUGACCCAGGGGCAGGUUUCAUCUGUGCCCUACCUUCUAGGUGUCAACAACCUGGAAUUCAAUUGGCUCUUGCCUUACAUCAUGAAGUUCCCGCUAAACCGGCAGGCGAUGAGAAAGGAAACCAACACUAAGACGCUCUGCAGUACCCACACCCUGUUGAAUAUCACCAAGGAGCAGGUACCACUUGUGGAGGAGUACCUGGACAAUGUCAAUGAGCAUGACUGGAAGAUGCUAUGAAACCGUAUGAUGGACAUAGUUCAAGAUGCCACUUUCGUAUACGCCACACUGCAGACUGCUCACUACCACCGAGAUGCCGGCCUCCCUGUCUACCUGUAUGAAUUUGAGCACCACGCUCGUGGAAUAAUCGUCAAACCCCGCACUGAUGGGGCAGACCAUGGGGAUGAGAUGUACUUCCUCUUUGGGGGCCCCUUCGCCACAGGUGCAAAGGUCCCACCUGAUACCCCAACUGGGUGUCCAGUCUCCCACCUCUGGAUGCAGACCCACCCCUCCAUCGGCUGGCCACAGGGAGCUCACCAGUUCCUAAUCUGUGAUGCUCUCCCAAAUGAAAGUCGUCUGCUCCACAAGCAGCAGAAGCAGCAGGAGUAGGGUGGGAGGGCAGCGUCCCCUGCUCUGUCCGAAAUCCCACAUCCCAUUCUGCCCCCAGGCCUUUCCAUGGGUAAGGAGAAGGCACUUAGCCUCCGGAUGAUGAAAUACUGGGCCGCACAGG